GAAGUAGUUGUCUACUAGCAGCAAACGAUAGGUGGACAAAAACUUUCGUUUCCUUAUUCAGUGUGAAAUGUUCGUGUUCAGUCAGCUUUCCGGGUGUGUUAGCUUAGCCUGUUAGCUGGAUGCCGACUGGAAAGCAGCGAGUUCAAGACUUCAGCGUUGGAGGAAAGAAACUCAGAGAUGGCGGAACCGGUACACAACGCCCAGCAGUUGUUGGAGAUCAAAAAGGAGGAGAAGUGGAGUCCGAGACCAGACCAGGAGGACCAGAAACCUCCACAGAUUAAAGAAGAACAGGAGGAGAGUGAGAUCACCAAGUUUAUAUUCAAUCCAUUUCCUGUGAAAAGUGAAGAUGAUGAAGAGAAACCUCAGCUUCCAGAGCUUCAUCACAGCCAAACCAAGGAAAACAGAAAACUUGUUGGACCAAAACCAGAUCAAAAUUUAGAAUCCGGUACUGAAGAUACUUCUGAUUCUUCGUCAGAGACCUCUGAGACGGACAUCAGUGAUGGAAACUGGGACAAGAGCAGUGAAGCUCAGUCAGGUUUGGGGUCUGGAACCAAUAACACAGAUCCAGUUUGUGAGAAAGGUAAAAAGUUAUACCACUGCUCUCAGUGUAGGAAAAUAUUUGUCCACAGAGGCAAUUUGUUAGAACACAGAAGAAUCCAUACUGGAGACAAUCUUUACCACUGCUCAGUUUGUAACAAAUCUUUUCCUUCAAAAACUAAUUUAAUAGAUCACACAAAAGUUCACUCUCAGGAUAGACCUUUCAAAUGUUCUAUCUGUAAUGCAGCUUUUAAAAGGAAGAACAAUUUAAGACAACAUUUGAUAAUCCACACUGGAGAGAAACCCCACAGCUGCUCCAUCUGUAGCAAAACAUUUGCUUUUGAGGGAAACUUAAAACAACACAUGAUAAUUCACACAAAGAAAAGACCUUACACAUGUUCUGUCUGUAGUGCAGAUUUUAAAAGUAAAAACGCAUUACGAGGACACACAAAAAUCCACAAAGAGGAGAAACCGUUCAGCUGUUCGCUCUGCAGCCGAAGCUUCCGCCGUACGUCAUAUCUAACUGCUCACAUGAAAAGUCAUUCUGAAGAAAAACCUCACACCUGCUCUGUCUGUGAGGCAGCUUUCAAGAGGAGACGUGGUUUAAUGGAACAUAAACGAAUCCAUGGUGAUGAGAAACCUUACAUCUGCUCUGUUUGUAAGAGAGCUUUCUUGAAGAAACACACUUUAGUAGAACACACAAGAAUCCAUUCUGGAGAGAAACCUUUCAGCUGUUCGGUCUGUAAGAAGAAGUUCAAGUGGAGAAACACAUUAAAGAAACACUCAAGAUACCAUAAGGAUGAAUAACUACCAAUUGUACAGACUGUGGUCAAAUCUUCAGCCAGUUUCACAAUUACUUUAAAAGGGCAAUGUUAUGUAUUUUCAGACACAUUCUUUCUGACAUUUUUUUUGUAUUUCUGCUCUAUGUAU